GACGGGGCCAGGAUGGAUAGGGUAUCAAGUAUUAUCAGUGAGGACUUGAACCCUACAAAAUAAGAACAAGUCACAGUCUAUUGCUAUCUUCAGAAACAAAAUAUAUAUACAUUUUCAUAAUUGUUUAUGGACACAUACUUAACUUUUGCGAAAAAGCCAGCUAAGAAAUUUUGCUGCAUCGACUUUGUAAACCCAAAGGAUCACACCAAGCCAGUGCAUGAGAUGACAAACAUUGGAGUCAAUAGAACCGUGGAUUGCACUUGCCACGUCGACGCCAUGAUAUUUGCCUUUGAAUGCUUUCAUGAUGGGUGGGGCGUGGUUAGGCUGGUGGGUGUCCCACACAAGGAGGUGGCAUUCAAUACCCACCUGAUGAACUUCCUCAAUGCCAAGACCUUGAAAGGUGCAUUCUUUGGGAACUACAAGCCACACACCAACCUCCCAGACGUUGUCAAGAUUUACACGAGGAAGGAGCUGGAGUUGGAGCUGGAGAAGUUCAUCAUGCACGACGGACCUUUCCAACAGAUCAAAUUGUGUUCAUCAUUCUAA